UAAAAAGAAAAAAAGGAAAAAAAAGGAAAAAAUGGUUUUCGCAGUUCUUUUUCUUUACCUUACUACUCUUUCACGAUGUCAGUUUCUUCGAUUUGGUGAUCUGCUUCUCAGAAAUGUUCGUCGCGAUCUUUCCCUGUAAGGGGAGAGUGCGAUUUGAUGGAGGAGGUCAGGAAGAGGACCGAUUUUUAGGGGUUGGAUAUGAUUAUGAGCACUUUAAGUUAGUUAAUUCGGCACUGUAAUUGGGGUUUUUUGGGGUUUUCUUGCUUGUUUUUAGUUGAUUAUGGGUGGUUGUUUUCCUUGUUUUGGAUCCUCCGAUCGUAAUGGCGCAAAGGAAGCUACUAAGAAGGAUUCAGCUAAGGAUGGCGCCACUGCCCAGUCUCAUCGUGUUAGCAGAGUGAGCUCAGAUAAAUCGAAGACAUGGAGUGUAUCUGAUGCUAAGAACGAACCAACUGUUCAAAAGGAUGGAACAACGGCACAUAUUGCAGCUCAAACGUUUACGUUUCGGGAGCUUGCUACAGCGACAAAGAACUUUAGACCUGAAUGCUUAUUGGGAGAAGGGGGGUUUGGACGAGUUUACAAGGGCCGCUUGGACAGCACGGGACAGGUAGUGGCUGUGAAGCAGCUUGACCGUAAUGGUCUCCAAGGAAAUCGGGAAUUUUUGGUUGAAGUUCUAAUGCUUAGCCUGUUACAUCACCCAAAUCUUGUUAACUUGAUAGGCUACUGUGCUGAUGGCGAUCAACGGCUUCUUGUUUACGAGUUCAUGCCAUUGGGGUCGUUGGAAGAUCAUUUACAUGAUUUUCCACCAGAUAAGGAGCCCUUGAAUUGGAAUACUAGAAUGAAGAUCGCAGCUGGUGCUGCAAAAGGAUUGGAAUAUUUGCAUGACAAAGCGAGCCCGCCUGUUAUAUAUCGGGACUUGAAGUCGUCCAAUAUUCUUCUAGACGAGGGCUACCAUCCCAAGCUGUCAGAUUUCGGUCUUGCGAAACUAGGUCCAGUUGGUGAUAAGACUCACGUCUCGACGAGAGUAAUGGGAACAUAUGGUUAUUGUGCUCCGGAGUAUGCUAUGACUGGUCAACUCACUCUCAAGUCAGAUGUAUAUAGUUUUGGAGUCGUCUUUCUUGAACUUAUCACAGGGCGCAAGGCGAUCGAUAAUACCAGAGGUCCGGGAGAGCAUAAUCUUGUAGCGUGGGCUCGGCCACUUUUUAAAGAUCGUCGAAAGUUCCCUAAGAUGGCCGAUCCGCUGCUGCAAGGUCGUUAUCCCACGCGGGGGCUUUAUCAGGCAUUGGCAGUUGCGGCAAUGUGCUUGCAAGAGCAGGCUGCUACUCGACCUCUAAUCGGGGACGUAGUUACUGCUCUGACGUAUUUAGCCUCGCAAACUUAUGAUCCUAAUACAGCUGCUUCUCAAAGCAAUCGAAUGAGUGUUACUACUCCACAAUCCCGAGAUGAGCGGAGAGGCGUGCCAGAUGGAUUGGAUAGUCCUGAUGAGCGUGGUCGAGGACGUUGUUCCCCGUCAAACUACAGAAACUCUGGAGGUACCGAGCUAAGCAGAAUUGACACGGGAGGCGGGUCUGGUCGAAAAUGGGAAUUGGAUAAGUUAGAACAACAAGAGUCUCUACGAGACAGUCCUGCAUAUACAGGACGAGCAAGGGAAACACCGAAGAACCGCGACGUAAACAGAGAACGUGCAGUUGCAGAAGCAAAAAUGUGGGGUGAAAACUGGAAAGAUAGAAACCGGGCAAACGCGCAAGGCAGCUUCGACAGUUCACAAGAAUGAAAGCGAUGAAGCUCGACGUUUCUCGUUUCUCAUCACAUUUUGCUUGAUCUUCUGCUAGGAAAUGAAGUUGCCAGUGCCUACUAGACUACAGGUAAAAUUGCAGGAAGAAGAAGAGGAAGGAAAGAUUCAUAUUACAAACACAACUACAGGUAUUUUAUCUUCCAUUUGCAAGUCCAACCCAAAAGGCAUUGUUUUACUGUUCUUGCUGCUGGUUCUUCAACAAUGGUGAGGUAAAGAAAGAGGGAGAAUUGUGUAAUCAAAUCGAGGUGUCGAGCGUAGUUAGGUUGGUCGGUUGGUCGGUUGGAGAUGUCUGAAACUUCAUGGGGACUAUCGGAAUGAAUAUUGGAAAAAAAAUAGAGUUUCGUGUGGGGUUUCCAUUGUUAUACGUGGCUGUUAGUUUAGUUCAUCCGUGUAUCAUUCAUUUAUUCGAAGAUUACAUGAUGUUUAUAAAUACAGGAUUUCUAAA